AUGAACGACAACAACAAUAACAACUAUAACCACAAUAACAAUAACAUUAGUAGUAGUAUAGGUACAACAUCAAAUAGCAAUAAUGUAUAUACUAUACAUGUGUAUGAUCCAGAGGGUACAGAGUUCCUCUGUCAGAUAAGGAGCGACAUUGCCUUUAAUGUACAUAUCAAACAUUUGUUCAUCAAUCUGCUGGCGUUCACGCCAGUGUUUAAGCGAUCGUCUUUGGGCAACUUUGACCAGGACGCCGAGAGUGGCGCCCAGAUCGCUCAGCACUACGGCCUCCAAGAGGCCGCCAGCGGCGCAUGGAUCCACGACGCCAAGGACCCCAGACUCCAACAACAGGACAAUACAUUCUUCUUUAAGCUCAAGCCACUCAAUGCGUACAUCCGCCAAGUGGAAAGUCUGUUACCAGCACCCGUGGCCACAUCUGGACAGACCCCACCCAGUAGCAGUUAUUUGCAUCCGGUCGACUCGUCGUCGGCCCCUGCCCACACCACCGCCACCCACACACACAUGGGAGGUGGCCAGGUCCAGGGACCGCCCACUCCACACUCGAUGCUGCGCAAUCACAUUGAGGACAAACUCACACAGAUCAGGACAAUACAUCGCACUGCUACAGCGGCCACGGUCACAAUGCCCUCGCCAACCAACCACAUCAACAAGGUGGCUCUGCGCUCGGCCAUCGAGAGCCUGCACCUUCACCUCAAGUUGCUGAUGCUCAAGGCGCACCGCACACGUAAUGACCACAUAUUCAUGAGCUCGGAUAACCUGUGCAACAUCAUUCGCAUUAUCUACCGCUCGCCCACGCUUUGGGCGCUCAACCUGCUCGUUGACUAUCUGCAGCGCAACAACACCUUCAUGCAGACGCUGUCCACACAGACCACAUCGGGCGACGACUGGCAACAGAACCAGCUGCGGAGCAUCACGGCCGCCAUGGUGCAGAGCGGUGGCCACUCGCCCAUCGACACAUCGCCAGGCUCCACCAUCAACGGCCUGCUUCAGAGCAUGGGUGGCAGCGUGUCCAGCAGCAUAUAUCGCACAAAGAACAAGACGCUCAACGGUGGUAGCGUCGACUCUAGCAACGUUGUGUCGCUGUUCACACUGAUCGAUCAGUCGAUAAAGGUGUGCGCCAGUGAGUUUGGCAAGCGCAGCUUCUAUAUGCACCUGCUCGAGCAAUAUGAACGACGUGAUAGCAGUGUCAACAGCUUCCCAUCGAGCGAGGAGAUCUUCUCAGACGCCGACCUCAAUGAGGAGAGCGACAGUCUGCCCAUCUGCCACAGUGAAAUCAUCAUUCAGACCAUCAGCUUCAUCAACAACAUGUUCCAACUUGCACCAAACCCUGUAUCAUACCUUGCAAGGCUUCAUCAAGAUCAGGUCCUAAAGGUUAUCUAUGACUUGAAGGGCAAGGAUCCAAACAUCUACAACUCUGAGCAAUACGCGACAUUAAAGAACAACUUGGUCAAGGACUUGAGGGAUCAGCGAUUCCAAACAUUGGACGUUGAGAACACAAAGCAUCAGAUAUUGUUCUCAGACCUGUGGGCGUCGACAUUGGUGUCGUACCCUUUCGGUGGCGUCAGCUCAUAUCGUUGGCUACAACUUGGAUUCAGAGGCGCAAACCCCGUGGACGAUCUUCGCGUCACUGGAACAUUGGCAUUGCGCAACCUGACCUACUUUUCCAAGACACACCCGGCCACAUUCCAACACCUGCUCCUCUUGCAAACGGAGCGUGAGCAGCAAGUUGGCAACGACGAUGUACUCACCCCAUCCAAGUCGACAGCCUAUCCUCUUGCUGUGGUCGGUGCCGCACUCAGCUACCACUUGGCCAAUCUCUUUAGGAUUGAUCGACAGCAACAGCAACAUGAUCAACAACAAGACACAACGACAUCAUCACCACGUAAAGUGGAUGAACACAGCUCAUUACUUUGGGAGAUAGCAUUGAGUGACAUACACUGGUUCGAUCAAUGCUAUGUCGCAGCCUUCAUGCUGUUCGAGUCAAUAUGGACGACGAACGCCUACUCAUACAAGGACUUUGGACAUAUUCUCCAGUCGACGACCGCCAUUUUGGAAAGGGUGGUCGAGAGACUUCCCAAGUCAAGCCAGGACUUCUCGUACAUGGUCGAGGAGAAUUUGGCCUUGGACUACUUUGGAGAACAGUUGGUCAAGAGAUAUCUCCAACUACAAAAGUUAAACAAUCAACAUCAACAUCAACACGCAAUGGGUGUCGCGUCCAAAGUCUCAGACUCUCCAGCCUCCAAGUUCUCUUGCAAGCAAUUGAUCACAUUCUUUGGUGAGAGCGCUGACAUGGAAACAUUCCAAUUCCUUCCAUCACAUCUGAUCACUGAUGACGACUUGAUGGCAAACAUUAAUCAGAACAGUGAGGAAGAGCGCAAUCAGAGGAUACACUCAUUCUUUGGUCAAUGGCUUAGUAGCGAGCAUGUGGACUACUGCGAGAAGAUUAGACUCUCGGUACAGAUGCAGGAAUCCUUGCUCACGGCCUCACUCAAGUCAUAUGAGACAUCGGCCCAUGGAUCACCAUCAGCCGCAUCACCAACAAUGUCCUCUCACAACUCGCCCAGACGUCUCAGCAGCAGCUGCUCGUCACUACACGCCCAUUUGCCAGGCGGCAGUGCGGCAUCUGGCAAGGCAGCAGUGGACAACACUGCCAGGAUUCUCAAGCUGAACAAGUUCUUUGGUGAGAAGGUUCCCAUCCCUCGCACAGUGCCGGCUGAGUCCCUGUCCGCAUCUGCCUCGCCUCGAACACUUUCCAGCUCCACACCCCAACUGCCCCUACUUCCAGAAAUUGCGAUGCUACAACCUCAGCAACAACAAGAGGUCGAGCCCAAGUCACCCGAGGAGCUAAAGAGUAUAGAGAAGGUGCAGAGACUGCUCGGCGAGAAGAUCGACUAUCGCAAGGAGAAGGGCUCGGUCAACUUUGCGCCACAGCCCUCACACGUCAAGGAGAGCAAGCUGCAGCGCAUGUUUGGUGAGCUCAUCCCGACGCUCAAGUCACCCUCAAGCUCGGGUGGCGGCAAGGGCGACAAGCGCCGAGGCAUUCACACAACGAGCAACUCUGUGGUCAUCCCACUGGCGUCGUCGCUCACAUUCAACUCGUCCGAGUCGACCAGCCCCGCCUCGUCGAUCAGCUCGACCGAGCACAUCAGUAGCUCGGCUCACACCGACUACCAGUACACACCACCCACUCCACCGUUGCCAGCGAUCGAGCACAUGCUGGCCACGUCGACCAGCGAACGCACGUCCCCGCGUGUGAAGCCAUCGCCUCCACCCAGGCCCAGCCAACUGCUCGACGCCGCAGCCAUUGCCGCUUCGAUGCUCGUGGUGGAGAGUAAUAACAAUCAUCAUGUAGAAUAUCAACAACCACCCCAGUCCUAUGAGUCGGCCAACAUCACAGAGUCGCCAAGGACAUUGCCAUCAACAACACCAAUCGACCACUCAGUGCCCGAUAUUGCCUUCCUCGAGACGGUGAUAGAGGCCGACGCUGAGGCAGAGACCAUAGAGGAAGAAGACUAUACACUGGAUAACUCCGAUGCUUUGGAGGAGUAUUAUGAGCAACUGAAGCAACAACAGCAGCAGUCGCAGCAGCACUUCUUUGAUGCAAUGCCAGUCAGUCCAGAUAGCUAUGUUUCAUCGGCACCAUCACCAUCACUGCAACAACAGGGCCAUCAUCACGAGGUCACCAAGGUAGAUGAGCCCUUGGCCUUGGAACACUUAGAGCCAGCAGCAGCAGCAGCAGCAGCACCAGUGGUAGUAGCUCCAGUAGCAGUAGCACCAGUAGCGCCAGUUGUACAGCAGCAGCUUCCACCUCUUCCAAAGCGACCACCACCACAACCCACGCCACAACAGCGUGACUCUUUUAUUGGAAUAGUUCCAAUAUUGCCAACAACACCACCUCCAUCACAUUCACAGUUACACUCACACAAACAAUUACCAUCACCAUCAACAUCACAAUCACAAACACAAUCACAAACACAAUCACCGUCACCUUCACCAUCACCAAUUAAACAUGUGUCCACUCCACCAGUACCAUCACCAAGACGACCAGUUCCCAACCCACCUGUAGUCACUGCACCCUUGACACCAAAGGGCGCACCGACGACCAUACAGCCCAGCAGCAGCAGUACUAGCAGCACUCCAGUUGGAACACCAACGCGCACACCAAACAAGCCACCACCACCAACUAGGACAACAUCAACAACGCCAAUCAAGUCACCUGAGCACCCAACAGGUGGUGGUGGUGUUGGUAGUGGAGGCAGUGGUACACCAAGAACACAGACCACUCCAGUCAAGUCCAUACCGAAUGGAUCGAUGGUUGUGGCCACAAAUGAUCACUCGCCAUCCGUCUCCACAUUGAUCUCUGUAUUUGGCGAGCGUAUCCAAAGAAGGUAA